AUGGCUUCGCGUGUACCUCCAGCAUUGAAUAAUUCUUUAAAAACUGUUGAAUGGAUGUGGCAAUCAAAUCCAAAUCCAUUUUCAAAGUCUGAACCGGCUAUAUGGAGUCACUAUUCAGAUUUAGAAAAUUUAAUUAUUGAAGAAGCAUUUCAAGAUACACAAUCACGAGCUCAAAUGGAUGAUUAUUUUAUUGAUUUCAAAAGUAAUCUGCAAAUAUCGAACACUGAUGAUUACGAGCAAAGACCGAUAAAACGAGUGGUACGUAAAAGAGAAGAUAAACACCUACGAGAAGCACGUUUUAUGG